AUGGCGAACGGGCCACGCCAGCCACAACAACACACCUUAGCUGCAAACCACGACGCGAAGCAGCUACUCACAUACAUCAAGGAACAGAAGGUCAGGGUCCCAGAGACAGUUAUCAAGUUUAUUAAGAAUACCGAAGCCACUACGGAAGUCUUUCUCACGGACCUAUUAGGUAGUAGCCUACAGAAGACGGUGGAAGAUGCUGUGAUCAAGGCAACACUCAACCUCAAGAAAGACAUCCACGCGAUCAGAACCAACACCAAGAAUCAAUCACCAUCAGGAAGAGUCAGAUCCUUCGCUGAAGCCAUACAUCACACACCUCCGCCGUCGCACUAUCAGUCAAAUCAUGGCUCUAACAGCUCCCAAGGGGCCACGCCCUCCGAACUCAGCCGCGACCGCAAAAUCAUGGUUAAACUGGGUGAUGCAGCAGGAAUCAAAAGGUUUAGGGCCCUUACUCCUGCUAACAUCAGGCGAAAGGCCCAACAGGCGCGUGAUAAGGCAUAUAUAAGCACCCUCGAUCAGCCUACACUCAGCGCGAUACAGUUUAUUGCGGCGCAUCAACUCAAGUCAGAUAACCUAAGCUUGAGCCUCCGCUCCGCCAAGGAAGCGGAGGUCGCCCACCUCCAUCAAAACUAG